AGUGCACCAGUCUCUCUCUCUCUCUCUAUGUAGCAUACCAGUCUCUCUCUCUCUAUAUAUAUUUCUAUCUGUAUUUGCUUUCGAGGGUUUUACUUGUUCAACCUUACUGAAACUCCUGAGUUGAGUAUGUCGAAGCUCGCCGGCCUCCUCCGGUCCAGAAACACCUUAUCAAGAAUUAUACCCUUGAGAAAUACUGGAACUUCUCUAGACUCAUCUUAUACAGGAAUUGCCACCCUUACAUCUUCUACUUCUGAUGGAUCAAGUAAGAGCAGAGUCUUUGCACCUUACUCUAUUUACAAGGGAAAAGCUGCACUCUCUGCUGUGCCUAUUCUGCCAACUUUGUGUAAAUUGGAAUCUGGGGGUAUGAAGGUUGAACGCCGUGGAGCAAUCAUGUUAACAUUUUCACCUGCUAUUGGGGAACGGAAGUAUGACUGGGAGAAGAAACAGAUGUUUGCAUUGUCUGCCAUAGAAGUUGGCGCCAUGAUAAGUUUACCUCCCAAAGAGUCAUGUGAAUUCUUUCACGAUCCUGGCAUGUCAUCAAGUAAUGCAGGUCACAUAAGAAAGAGCUUAUCAAUUAAAGCACAUGACAGUGGCUAUUUUCUAUCUCUUAAUGUUGUCAACAAUGUUAUGAAAACCACUGAUCGGUUUACUGUUCCCGUUACCACUGCUGAAUUUGCAGUUAUGCGCACAGCUUUUAAUUUUGCUUUGCCACACCUCAUGGGAUGGGAUCUAUAUCUUAACCCUCAAGGGCCAAAAAACAUUGAUCAAAAUGCAUCUAGGGUUGUACCACAAUUGAUGGAUUCUGAAUGGGAUCGAUAAAGUGGAUGUUGUUUGUGGAUUAUUGCACUUAUCCACAACAUAUAUGAUGGAAACUGCAUUGGGUGUUCAUUCUUCUGUAAGAACCUUUUGUCAACUCUUUUUAGAACUAAAAUAUGAGUGUUUAGCUAGCUUCCUUGGGGAUUUGGAUUUUGCUACGGUUUAUCUUAAGCUGUUAGGAUGAUCCAUUAUGACAAUGAAUGUUUUGCUUGCAUUAUUAAAGCCAUGGUUUAAUCUUUGGUUUCUCCCUAAAUUUGAU